UAGACAACUCCACAACGUGCACAAUAAUUAAGGAUGAAGUUGGAAGUUGAGAUAAUCUCCAAAGAAAUCAUCAAACCCUCUUCUCCAACACCUGACCAUCUUCGUCAUUACCAACUCUCUUUUCUCGAUCAAAUCUCUCCCUUGGUGUAUAACCCCACCGUUCUCUUUUACUCUUCCGAUGGUACAACUGAAUUCAACAGAACCACCAUAUCCAACCAUUUGAAGAAAUCUUUGUCUGAUGUCUUAACCCAUUACUACCCUUUUGCUGGGAGAAUCAAUGGCAAGAACUUCAUAGAUUGCAACGACGAGGGCAUCCCUUACUUCCAAGCAAAAGUGAAGUGUAAACUAGUCGAUGUUAUUCAUAAGCCAGUUCCAGGAGAACUCAACCAUUUGGUUCCAUUUCAACUAGAUGAUAUCACCGAUAUCCUAUUUGGUGUUCAACUUAAUGUUUUUGAAUGUGGUGGUAUUGCAAUCGGUGUUUGCCUUUCUCACCAGAUUGCAGACGCUCUAUCAUUUUUCACGUUCAUCAAUAGUUGGGCAGCCAUUGCUAAUGGAUCCCAAGCUGCGUUGCCAAAUCCACAGUUUGUUUCAGCUAAGCUCUUCCCCCCAAGAAACAUAUCUGGGUUUGAUCCUCGAGGUGGUAUCAUGAAAGACAACAUCAUAUGCAAGAUGUUUGUGUUUGAAGCUUCCGUUGUUGAAAAUUUAAGGGCAAGAUAUGCAGAUAAAACAAGCUUCGAAAACGAGAAGCUCCCAACUCGAGUGGAGGCAUUAUCUGCUUUCAUUUGGAGUCGAUAUGUGGCUGUGACCAGAGACCAAUCAGGUCCACAGAGAACACAUGCUGUGGUUCACGCAGUGAACCUUCGUCCAAAGAUGGAACCACCUCUUCCUCCAGAGUCCUUUGGAAACUACUACAGAAUUAGCAUGACAAUUCCAUUGUUGAACACUGAAGAGGAGUGUCACGGGCUAGUGAAACUGGUAAGGGAUCAAAUAAAGAAGAUUGAUAAGGACUAUGUGAGGAAACUACAAGAGGGAAACGAGCAUUUGGAUUUCCUAAAGAAUAAUUCAUAUAGAGUGCUUGUGAAGGGGGAGUUAGUGUCGUUUAGUAUCACUAGUUUGUGUAGGUUUCCUCUGUAUGACUCUGAUUUUGGUUGGGGGAAACCAACGUGGGUUGGUUCACCUGCUUUAACGUUUAAAAAUCUGGUUGUUUUCAUCGACACCAAGACCGGCGGUGGCAUAGAAGCCUAUGUUAGCUUGAAGGUGGAGGACAUGGCAAAGUUCGAAGCAGAUGAGGAGGUGCUUGCUUGUGUUAAUAAAGACUGAACUUGUUGAAUAUGCAUGCAUGCAUGUGAUGUAAUUAAUAAGGUAAAAUUAUCAAUAAGUUGUAAAAUAAGAUGCAGAACAAAAAGUGUAAUCGUUUUUGCAUUAUGUAGUUUCCGCUAGUACUUUUUAAAAUACGUAUGUGGAUGAAUCUCUUAGGCGCCGCGUUUGGUACGCGAAAUUCUUCAAGAAUCU